GUCGUUACAAAUUCUUUUCAGUUUCGGUUUUCAAUCUGACCGAGUGUUUACAUGCACUCUCAAUCGUAUUAGAACAGGAAUAAACCACCCUCUUCAGUCCGAAUGAAAUUCUAUUCCGAUCGAGAUCAAUCGGAUCGAUUAAGGUGUCUACAUGAAGACUUUUCGGUCCGAUGGAGCCGUCAGUCCGAUUACAAAUGGGUUAUUUGGUUUCAUGUAAACGUAGCAGUGACACGCUUACCUCCUGGAGAGUGUUCUUCAUUUGGCUGGAUGUUGUGAAAGGGGUUUUCUUUACCAUGGAGGUGCUCAUCCGCGGAACCUGAUUUUACCAAGUACGACAUCUUUGUUGACCCUGGAACAACAUUGUGAUUAACCAAUCAGAUUGGAAAAAAAAUUAUAGUUUUUGUGAAGUUUAAGCUUACAGUCAGUGUUUGGUGCUUGUACAUGGGGGUCAUUCAUCUAUCAUUCAUCUAUGCUUUGCAUUAAAUACUUAAUCAACUGAGGGGAAAUAGACAGAUACCCUAAAAGGAGACAUAUGUUGAGUAUGCAUUAUGAUUGGAUGAUAUAGAAACAUCCUGGUCUGAUUAGGGUAUAAAUACUUAGUUGAAGUGUUCUUCUUUGUCACACACUCUACAGAUGCUCUGUAUGAUUGUUCUUGCAAAAAUAAACCCUGUUUUUUAUAUUCUACGAUACUCUCACAAUAAGAGUUGGAAACAUUUUUCCAUAACAAGGAGAACGGCUCAGACUGGAGUUCUCAUGGCGUCUCUCCAUACAUUGCUGAUUCUGUGCGUAUGCACCACAGCGCUGUGUUUGCCAAUAUCUUCACUCACAGGGAAUACAGAGAUUGAUGUGGAUGAUGGAAAAGACCGGGAUAUAAUUGAUAUAAAUGAAGAGGCAGGACUUCACCUGGUGGAAGGAGAUAUUCUGAUACAGGAGGGAGAAGACAGAAACACUAUUCUGGAUGAAAAGUAUCGUUGGCCGACCACUGUGCCGUACGUCCUUGACAGAAGCCUUGAAAUCAAUGCCAAAGGUGUGAUACUGAGAGCAUUUGAGCAAUUCAGACUCAAGACCUGUAUUGACUUCAAACCCUGGUGUAGAGAGCCAAACUACAUUUUCAUAUUUAAAGACAGAGGCUGUUACUCACAUGUGGGGAAUCGUCACAUGGGGAAACAGGAGUUGUCAAUUGGUGAAAACUGUGACAAUUUAGGAACUGUGGAGCAUGAGUUUCUGCAUGCGCUGGGUUUUUGGCACGAGCAGUCCAGAUUUGACAGAGAUGACUACGUCACCAUAGUGUGGAACCAGAUUAAAGCGGGUAAAGAGCACAACUUCAAUAUACACAAUGACACAGUGUCAAGCUCUUUUGGUCUGCCCUAUGAUUACGGUUCAGUCAUGCACUAUAGUAAGACGGCCUUCAGCAAAAACAGUGAGCCAACCAUUGUUACCAAGAUACCAGAAUUCUUGGAUGUGAUUGGUCAACGCUUGGAGUUUAGUGACAGUGACCUGCUUAAGCUGAACCGGCUAUACAAUUGUACUACAACCUCAACUUUUCUGGACUCUUGCCACUUUGAGGAGCCGAAUAUCUGUGGUAUGAUCCAGGGUAAAGGUGGAAAUGCCAAGUGGGCUCGUGUACAAAGAGUAAAGGGUGGUCCACAGACAGACUACACCAACCUGGGUCGAUGUCAAGGUGCUGGGUUCUUCAUGCAUUUCAGCACAGCCACAGGUACCCAAGGUGACACAGCUUACCUGGAAAGUCGCCUCUUUUACCCCAAAAGACGCUCCCAAUGCCUGCAGUUCUAUCACUACAACAGUGGGGGUGCCGACGAUCAGCUAAACAUCUGGGUGCGUGAAUACACCACUGAAAACCCCAAAGGAGCCCUGAGACUCAUUCAGAAGAUCAGUGGUGGACACCAAGGCUCCUGGGAACUAUACCAUGUUACGCUAGAUGUCUCUGAUAAAUUCAGAGUGGUGUUUGAAGGAGUUAAAGGAAGAAAACCAUCAAAGGGUGGUCUUUCUCUGGAUGACAUCAACCUCUCAGAGACCAAGUGUCCUCAAUACAUUUGGCACAUUCGUAAUUUUACCAGUCUUCUUGCUACAACCCAUGCCGGUUACAAAACCUACAGCCCCCGCUACCUGUCCCCAGAUGGUUACUCAUUUCAGAUUGGUUUGUACAUUAAUGGUGUGACAGACAGCCCAAAUAAAAUGGCAGUCUACUUCCACUUGACAUCUGGACCCUAUGAUGACAAACUCCAAUGGCCGUGUCCAUGGCGACAGGCAUCCAUGGAGCUGAUGGACCAGAAUCCAGACAUCCAACACCGCAUGAACAACAUUAGGAUGAUCACAACAGAUCCAACCAAGACCUCCACUGACUCCAAAGGUAAUGUUAAGUAUUUCUGGGACAACCCACGAAAAGUAGGCAGUCUAGUCACUGACUCAAAUGGCAGUAAAUACUACCGGGGACCAGGUUACGGUUACAAAAGUUACAUCACACAUGAUCGUCUGAAGAGUCGAAGCUUCAUCAAAGGAGAUGAUGUCAUCUUCCUCUUCUCCCUUAAUGAUGUGACUGGACUUUUGGAGUCGGAAAUCAGAGACUUGCGAUUAGAGACUGAUGAUCGUAAUGCGGAGAAGGAGCCAAAGAGACAGAUGUAACCCCAAAUGUCCAUUUAAAAGGACAGUGGACUAAAAGAUCCCCAUGACAUCAUGCAGGAGCAUCAUGAAGCCUCAAUUGAGAGAGAAAAAAAGUCUUUCCAGAAUUUGCCAGAUUGUGUCUUCAUUACUGAGCUUGAGCUACUGAAUCAUAACUUGCCUUUAAAAUGUCUCUGGUCCAAAAAAAAAAAAAAAAAAAAAGCUGAUAAAACUACUGUGCUAUUCUCAAGAAAAUUACUAUAUUACUAGCGCUUCUCAUGUUUAUUGCCUCCUUAAGAUGAAUUUCUUCUUGUAUUCCUCAUUUGUAAGUCACUUUGGAUAAAAGAGCCUGCUAAAUGAAUAAAUGUUAAUGCAAAAUAAAAGAAAAAAAAAAAAAAAA